AUGGCUUCUACGUUGUCAUCGUUACUAGAUAUAGAGCACGAACAUGACAACAAAAAUGAAUUGAAUGACAAAUACAUAUUCUAUUUAACAAACAUCACCGAAAAUUCAACAAAUGAGACUUAUGAUGAGUUACCAGACCCUUCAUUCUAUUCUAUGUAUUAUCGUAUAAUUGGCACCAUAUUUCAAGGUUUUAUCUUCAUGACAGGAGCUUUAGGCAAUAUUAUGGUGGUACUAGUUGUACUCAGGACCCGAAGUAUGCAUUCUCCGACCAACUGCUACCUGGUUAGUCUUUCUAUUGCUGACCUCAUGGUUCUGAUAGCUUCGGUCCCCAACGAGAUUUUAUCAUAUUUCUUACUUGGCGACGAAUGGAUCUGGGGGAGAGUAGGGUGUGCGCUCUUCAUCUUUCUCCAGUAUUUAGGAAUCAACGCUUCAUCUCUGUCUAUCACGGCCUUUACAAUUGAAAGAUACAUAGCUAUUUGUCACCCGAUGCGAGCCCAGAUGGUCUGUACCGUCAGCAGAGCUAAGAAAAUCAUCAUCGGAGUUUGGGUGUUUGCUUGUAUUUAUUGCUCUCCUUGGCUGUUCCUUACAAAGAUUAAAUCCAUCUUUUACAAAGGCUACAGCAAUAAAGAAACUUGUACUUUUGCUUUGUCAAGAAAACAUUACCUGGGAUAUUUCUUUGCUGAUCUUAUUAUUUUCUAUAUCUUACCUCUUCUGUUGUCCUGUAUACUUUACAGUUUAAUUGCAAGAAUCCUCUUCUCUAACGAGAUUCCCAAGAAUCCAGAGAAUGGCUCCAAUCAAGCUUCAGUCUCCAAACGAACCAAUAGCAUGAAUGCCAGAAUACAGGUUGUUAAAAUGCUUGCUGUAAUUGUUGCUGUCUUUGCUACUCUGUGGUUGCCGUACAGAGUCCUGGUGGUCUACAACUCUUUUGCCAAGCAGCGUUAUAUGGAGCCGUGGUUUUUGAUGUUCUGUAAGACCAUGAUUUUCAUCAACAGUGCUAUUAAUCCCAUUCUGUACAACGCCAUGUCUGUCAAGUUCCGGCGAGCCUUUGCAAGAAUGCUGUCUUGUAACCAGAGAGACCAAGGAUUUCGAGGUCCAUAUGGUAGCGUUGCUGGAUCUGUUCGAUUUAAUCCUAGUAUCCUGACGACUACUGUGAGCAGAACAGAAUCUUACAGGAUGGAGCAGUUGCAGCAUCUUUAACUGUCUGAAAAAUGCAAGUUGUGGAGGUGGUACUAUUUGAAAACGUUUCUUGGCUUAAAAAAAUCAAUUUUUUUAAGGUUUAUUUUCAUCAGUGCAGUUUUGGAGCAUCUGACACAAAACUAUAUUUUAUGGUUUUAGUGAAAAGAAAAUUAUAUGAGAUGUGGGCUAAUGAGGCAUCUAAAAAUUAGAUGGUGUGACAAUUGUAUUUUACUAGAAACUCAAGAAGCAAGACUAAGGCCUCGUAAUUAUCAUAUAAUGUGUAUCGUGUUUUUAAAAUUUUAUCUUCCUUCUCACAGUAGCAUGAUAUGUUACAAUAUUGCUACGCAGUAUUUAUAGUUAAAAAUACUUUGCUACAAGUAAUAGUUCAUUUGUCCAGUUUUUAAUGAGGGCAAAUAUAAUGGAAAAUGUACUCAUUGCACAGCUUGUUUCAUUACCUUCUUGUACUAAACUGGUUUAGAAGUAUACUAUCCUUGUAGAAGACAAAGUAAAAUGCAUUAAAAGUUAGUAAGAGCAUAAUUCAGUAUUCUCUCCAUCUGUUUAUUGAGAUUUUUUUUAAAAAGUUAGUUUUUUAGAACGUGCAAACACAGAUAUUUACACAUUGACAUAUAUUAUGUAGAAUAUUAACUAUAAAUGCGUAAUGGGUGCAUUACAACAUUAAGCUCAUUAGAACGAAUAACACAUUAGGCUAGCUUUUGGGUUAAUAUCGAAGUUUGUUUAAUCUUACACUUACCUAAAUCAACUUAAACUUAGAAAUAUCCGUAAUGUUUAAACAAAAAUCAAUAGGUCAUUCUGGCUUUUGCCAUUUUUGUUUGAAAGCAAUAUUUGACUCGAAUAUUUUAACAAGUCUCAUUCAAUGAACAAAGUUGUUAAACAGAGAACUACUAUAGAUAAUUUAAUUAACUAGAAUGGUUCCAGGCUUAAAUUGUGAGACUUGAAUAACAUUAUUGUUGUUAAUUCAUGUAAGGCAUUUCCUUGAAUCCCUUAAUAAUUCUGUAAAGUUCUGCUUGGUAGCGUUCUGUGAUUUUUGUUUUUAAGCUUUAUUUUCGCUUGCUAAAUGUAAUUGAUUUUUAAAAGGAUCUUAUUUAUAGCAUAUGAUUCGAAUCAAGUGGAUGUUCUGUCUAUAGUACUUUAAAUUAAAUGUUCAAUAAAAGUUCUAAGCAGUAUCAAUGCAUCAUUGAAUUUAUGUAUUAACGAACAAAAAGUAUAGUCUCAGUUUUUAUAAAGAAUAAGGGUGACUUAUUGAUUUUAAAAUAGCAAUUUCUAGUUCUAGAAAAGAUAGUUGGAUUGUAUUUGUCGGUUAUAUGAAGCCAUUAACGGGCUUGUAAUGAUACCUUCAUAAAAUACUGAACUUGUUGAUAUUUGUGUAUUGAAAUUUUAGCCGUACGUGUACUGUAAACAAUAAAUACAUUUUGUAAAUUUGUUAU